GCUUAAGCUUGACCAGCUACUGACGGACAAUCAGGCUGUUCGCAACUUCACGAUAUCCCACAUUUCAGGAUCGCUUCCCUGUACCUUCGCAAUACCAAACCAUAGAGUUUUAUUGCAAUUCUUACCAUGCGAUAGAAGCAUACACCCUCCCACUUCUGCGAUUCUUGUUGCGCCGUGGGCUCAAGAGCUCCCGCACACGAUAUACCCUCACUCUCCGCAUCUCCCACCCCCGAACCUCAACGAACCGACCAUCUCCACCUUGAGCACCCUCGCGCCAGUCACCCAGCAUGACCGACACGAUACCUUCACUUCAGGCCGGUCCUCAAGAUGGCGAGCGCCGCUGCUUCAUCUGCCUCAUGGACGAGAACGAGUCCGGCGCCUCCGAGUCCGCCUGGGUCGACCCGUGCCCAUGCACCCUCGAAGGCCACCAAGACUGCAUGAUCCAGUGGGUCACGGAGCUGGAGCGCGAGGGCAAGGAGAUCCUCUGCCCGGUGUGCAAGGCCAAGAUCAACAUUGACGAGCCCUACGACCCGGCACUCGCGCUCAGCAACCAGAUCUACAAGUCCUUCAGCAGGGUGUCGCCGGGCCUGAUCCUCGGCGGGAUCGGCGCGGGCACAUGGGUCAGCUUGGCCAUGUAUGGCAACAUUGCGGUGCGGGUGUUUGCGGGCCCCGAGGCGACGUAUCGCUUCUUCUUCAACGACAGGAACCCCAGAGGCGUGCCCAUGGUCAACUGGAUCCACGUCGCGAUCCUGCCGACCAUCGCGCCCGCCCUGGUUCUGGGCUCAUCGGUCCCUAUUCUGGGCAAUGUCUUCUUCAUGCCCGUCGCCGCGCUGUACGGCGUUUUCCACAUGGCCAAGGACGACCACUUCUUCUCCUGGCCCCCGUCCCCUCAACUCGCGGCAGCGUGCUUCCCGUACAUUAGAGCUGUAUACAAUAACCUAUGGCACGAGUUCGUCUGCCCGUACGAGAAGAGGUGGGAGCGCAUAAUUGCUGGACUGCCCGAGCCCGCACCUCAGGCGAACAACAGACAGAACGGCAACCGCCGCCGCCGUGGUAGGAACAACGAGGGCGCCAACGAAGCUGCUAGAAACGUCGGAUUGGUGGGAGGGUUGAUCGAUGCGGCUAUCGAUAUGCUGGACAUCCCCGACGUGGAGAUGGAGGUUGAGCUGGAAGAAGUGGAGGUGGGACAGGACCAUGACAUGGUUAACCUCGAGAUUCUCGUCGAGGAGAUCGAGGAGGCACAUGCAGCGGAGCAGGAGAACGGCGCCGGAAAUAUCGCUGCCGCCCUCCCUGCCCAGUUGCCCCAGCCAGGCAACCAGCCACAGCAGGCACCGAUCGUGGCACCUCAACAACCAGCGGCCCAGCCGGCGCCCGCAGCACCGCGCCAGCGUGGCAUCCAGGCUAGCCUCAAGGACGUCACAAAUGCGAUUGUGAGCACACUCCUGCUACCAGUCUUCUCUGCCGCCAUGGGCGAGGCCAUCCGUUUGGCACUACCGAAGCACUGGACAUCUCCUGCAGGUACCUUUGGUCGGUUCAAGAUCCGAACAGGUCUGCUUCAGGAGCAAUGGGGCCGCAACCUUGUCGGAGGCUGCAUGUAUGUGGUGAUCCGCGACGUGUUCCGGCUCUACACCAAGUACCGCCUCGCGAAGAACAAGCCUCUGCGCAAAAUUCGCAACGUUGACAGGCGGAGGAACCAGACCUCUUCCACUUCUCCCGCCACUUAGGGAACGUUGAGAUGAGAAAUCAAACAUACUAAUUGAAAGCGACAGUACACACCUGCAUAUCAAACGGCGUUGGCGAAUAGGAUAGGAGGAGUGUAUACCUUUUUUGCUUUAUUUUCAUUCUGUAUGGUUAGAUAUCGUUCAGCAUGGCGGACUACGAGGUGUUUCUCAUCUCCACGGCCUCUGUCUGACAGUAACG